AUGUAUGAAGGUACCGGGGAUCCCGACAAUCAUAUCGCCCAGUAUAAACAACGCAUGCUAGUAGUAGCAAUCCCCCGGGAUGCACUGGAAGCUACCAUGUGCAAGGGUUUCAGAUCAACCUUGACUGGCCCUGCUCUGCAGUAUUACAUCAAUCUUCCUACCAAAUCCAUCAAGUCCUUUGCAGCCCUUAGCGACAUGUUCGUAGAGCAAUUUGCUAGUAGUCGCAACCUAGAGAAGAACUCAGACGACCUCUAUGAAGUCCUCCAGCAUAGGAACGAACCCCUUCGUACCUACAUAGCACGCUUCAACCAAGAGAAGGUGGCUAUCCCUGAGUGCAACGCUGAUACGGCUAUCUCAGCCUUCAAACGGGGCCUACUCCCGGAAGGAGAUCUCUACAAAGAGCUGAUCAAGUACACGUGUAGGACUAUGGAGGACGUAUUGUCUCGCGCUUGGGCUCAAGUAAGGUGGGAAGAAGAUGUUGCUAGUAGGGCCAAAUCAUGUCUGAAGUAUGAUCAGAAGUCCUCAAAGCCAACUAGGAAUGAUCGUGACGAACCCUCUCAUUCCAAGUCCGCUAGGGAGACUAGUAACCCGAGAAGGGGCAGGUACCAACAUUUACCCCUGCCUAGAUCCGAAGGGAUGAUGGUAUCCACGUGGCCUGAUAUCUCUCAUCUUGCGAUAUCCAAACCGGAACUGAUCGGUGUCCUACGACAAAUGGUCCUCAAGUCAAGUGGCCUCCUAAGAUGA